CCUCUCUACAAGUGGACAUUGUUCCAAGUCAGGGGGAGAUCAGCGUUGGAGAAUCCAAGUUCUUCUUAUGUCAAGUGGCAGGGGAGGCCAAGUCCAAAGACAUCUCGUGGUUCUCGCCGAACGGGGAGAAGCUGACGCCGAACCAGCAGCGCAUCUCGGUGGUGCGGAACGAUGACUUCUCCUCCACCCUCACCAUCUACAACGCCAACAUCGACGACGCUGGCAUCUACAAGUGUGUCGUCAGUAGCCUGGAGGAGGGAGACUCCGAGGCCACCGUCAACGUGAAGAUUUUCCAAAAGCUGAUGUUCAAGAACGCUCCCACCCCGCAGGAGUUCAAGGAGGGGGAUGAUGCUGUGAUUGUGUGUGAUGUGGUCAGCUCUCUGCCUCCCACCAUCAUCUGGAAGCACAAAGGCAGGGAUGUUAUCCUAAAGAAAGAUGUUCGAUUCAUAGUCCUGUCCAACAACUACCUGCAGAUCCGAGGGAUCAAGAAGACGGAUGAGGGCACGUAUCGCUGCGAGGGAAGGAUCCUGGCACGGGGGGAGAUCAACUUCAAGGACAUCCAGGUCAUCGUCAAUGUCCCUCCCUCGGUGCGUGCCAGGCAGAGCAGUAUGAAUGCCACUGCCAACCUCAGCCAGUCUGUCACCCUGGCGUGUGAUGCUGAUGGUUUUCCUGAACCAACCGUCACGUGGACCAAGGAUGGAGAGCCCGUGGAGGAGGCUGAUGAUGUGGAGAAGUACAGUUUUAACUACGAUGGCUCCGAGCUCAUCAUCAAGAAGGUGGACAAGAGCGACGAGGCCGAGUACAUCUGCAUUGCUGAGAACAAGGCUGGAGAGGCAGAUGCCACCAUCCAUCUCAAGGUCUUUGCAAAACCCAAAAUCACCUACGUGGAGAAUAAAACAGCCAUGGAGCUGGAGGAUCAGAUCACACUGACCUGUGAGGCCUCUGGGGACCCAAUCCCUUCCAUCACCUGGAGAACCUCCACCCGGAACAUCAGCAACGAGGAGAAGACCCUGGACGGGCGCAUCGUCGUGCGCAGCCACGCGCGAGUGUCCUCCCUCACCCUCAAGGAGAUCCAGUACACGGACGCCGGCGAGUACGUGUGCACGGCCAGCAACACCAUCGGCCAGGACUCCCAGGCCAUGUACCUGGAAGUGCAGUAUGCCCCCAAGCUUCAGGGCCCUGUGGCUGUGUAUACCUGGGAAGGAAACCAAGUGAACAUCACCUGUGAGGUGUUUGCCUACCCCAGCGCUGUGAUCUCCUGGUUCAGGGAUGGACAGCUCCUUCCCAGCUCCAACUACAGCAACAUCAAGAUCUACAACACUCCAUCAGCAAGUUACCUGGAGGUGACUCCAGACUCUGAGAAUGACUUUGGGAACUAUAACUGCACUGCUGUGAACCGCAUCGGCCAGGAGUCCUCAGAGUUCAUCCUUGUGCAGGCAGACACGCCGUCCUCGCCGUCCAUCGACAGAGUGGAGCCUUAUUCCAGCACGGCACAGGUGGAGUUCGACGAGCCCGAGGCCACGGGGGGAGUGCCCAUCCUCAAGUACAAGGCAGAGUGGAGGGCUCUGGGCGAGGCAGAGUGGCACUCCAGGCUGUACGAUGCAAGAGAAGCCAACGUGGAGGGGAUGAUCACCAUCACUGGCCUGAAGCCUGAGACCACCUACUCAGUGAGGCUCUCUGCGGUGAACGGCAAGGGCGUGGGGGAGAUCAGUCUGCCCUCUGAGUUCAAGACACAGCCAGUUCGCAUCCCCCACCCACAAGGGGAACCCAGCGCUCCCAAGCUGGAAGGGCACAUAGGAGAAGAUGGAAACUCUAUCAAAGUGAAUGUUAUCAAGCAGGAUGAUGGUGGCUCCCCAAUUAGGCAUUACCUGAUCAAAUACAAAGCUAAGCAUUCCUCGGAGUGGAAACCAGAGAUCAGACUCCCCUCUGGCAGUGACCACGUCAUGCUCAAGUCCCUGGACUGGAACGCAGACUAUGAGGUCUAUGUGAUCGCCGAGAACCAGCAAGGGAAGUCCAAACCAGCUCACUAUGCCUUCAGGACCUCUGCUCAGCCCACUGUCAUCCCAGCCAGCACUAGCCCUACCUCAGGCCUGGGGACUGCUGCCAUCAUAGGCAUCCUGGUGGUUGUCUUUGUGCUGCUGCUGGUAGCUGUGGAUGUCACCUGCUACUUCCUGAACAAGUGUGGAUUGCUGAUGUGCAUCGCCGUCAACCUCUGCGGCAAGUCCGGCCCGGGGGCCAAGGGCAAGGACAUGGAGGAGGGCAAAGCUGCCUUCUCGAAGGAUGAGUCCAAGGAGCCCAUCGUGGAGGUGAGGACGGAGGAGGAGAGAACCCCCAACCACGACGGGGGGAAGCACACGGAGCCCAACGAGACGACGCCGCUGACUGAGCCAGAGCACCCUGCCGACACCGCGGCUGCCGUGGAGGACAUGCUGCCUUCUGUCACCACGGGCACCACUAACUCUGACACUAUCACUGAAACCUUUGCCACUGCUCAGAACAGCCCCACCAGCGAGACCACCACGCUGACCUCCAGCACUGCCCCUCCAGCCACGGCCACUCCUGACUCAAACUCCAUGUCUCCUGGCCAGGCCACUCCAGCCAAAGGGGCAGCGACCACCUCGGUCUCGUCACCACCACCUUCCUCCACCCCCAAAGUGGCCCCUCUUGUUGAUCUCAGCGAUACCCCAAGCUCUGCUCCAGCUACUAAUAACUUGUCUUCAAGUGUCCUGUCCACCCAAGGGGCAGUGCUGAGCCCCAGCACCGUGGCUAACGCGGCCGAGACCUCCAAAGCGGCGGCGGGCAACAAGCCAGCUGCCCCCAGCCCUGCAAACCUCAGCAGCCCUCCAGCUCCUUCAGAGCCCAAGCAGGAGGUCUCCAACACCAAGAGCCCCGAAAAGGAAGCUGUGCAGCCCAACAGCUCUGUCCCUGCUGCGCCGGCCAAGACCGAGAAGAGCCCAGUAGAAGACAAAUCGGCGGCGGCAGAGGUGAAGACUGUGCCCAACGAAGCCUCACGAACAAACGAGAGCGAGAGCAAAGCAUGA